AUGGCGCAGGUUUCACCUAUUAACGCUGCCGUAAUUCUUAGAGGUUUCAUCAUCAUCGUCAACGCUGUCGCCUCCGAGUCUCUGCAGAUGCAACAUGCACCCGCAUUGUCCGGAGGGUAUAUGAUGGUUGGUCGCCAGGUAAGACAUGGGGCAAAGUUCUCUUUGCCCCGAAGUACUCCUUUUGCUGUUUUAGAGCCGGCAUUAAGAUAUCCUCCUAAUAUGUUUGCUUUUGGCGGAUCUAAGUUUGAUGUUAAAUUGGCUAAACAGAUCAUAUAUGCCUGUAGCCAAUGGAUGCAAAUGAAGUCUCCUGUAGUAGUUGUAAUUUAUGAGCUGAUGUUGUUCGGGCUUGUUCUGUUUCACACUCUUGGCGCAAAUUUGGUGAGUAUAGUUGUCGUAGGUUCUAGGAUGUCAAGUGUACAAGAACAUUACAACGAUGUUGUGAUUAGUGACGGUGCGGCGGAUGAUGAUGUUGAGAAUCUUGAGAUGCUAGAAUCUUUGAAUGACUCUGCAACUGUUGGUUGUGCAACUGCACCCGUUUCAGCUGAAAAAGAACAUAAACUUAGAUCUGAUGUGUGGGAGUAUUUUGAUCUCGUUAAAUGUCAAGAUGGAACAAAGAAGGGAGUGUGCAAGGCUUGUAGAAUUGGAUAUAAAUAUGAUAUCCAGAGAGGUGGAACUUCAUCUAUGAAAAGGCAUAAGUGCCUUAAGCGUGACUCUCAGGACAUAGGGCAGAUGAUGUUAACUGCAAAGAAUGGCCAGCUGUCUUCUCGUGUACGUACAAUUGAUCAGAUGAAACUGCGCUGUCUCUUUACCGCAUUACUCAUUGCAAGGAAUGUCCCAUUUUCUUUGGUGGAGUGGAAAGAAUUUAGGGACAUAUGUAGGAUGUGUCUAACAUCAGACAUGUGGACAUCUGUUACUACUACAGGGUACAUAAGCUUAACUGUGCACUUUCUUGAUCAAAAUUGGGAGUUGAAGAAGUAUCUUUUGAACUUUUGUGAACUUCCACCACCUCAUACAGGUGAACACCUUUCUGACAAGCUAUUUUCAAUGAUAGAUGAUUGGGGAAUUGAAGACAAAGUAUCCAACAUCACCUUGGAUAAUGCCGCAAAUAAUGGAGCUUGUGCUAGAAUUAUGCAGAGUAGACUUGUUGCAAAGAAGAUCCUUUUUAACAAGGGAAAAUACUUUCAUGUGCGUUGUUGUGCGCACAUCUUAGCUCUUAUUGUAAAAGAUGGACUUGUGAAGAUUGAUCCAGCUAUACUUAAGAUAAGAAAGUCAGUGAAGGCCCUUAAGAAGUCCCAAGUAAGAAAGCAAAAGUUCUUGGACAUUGUUAAUACUUUAGGAAUGUCUGCAAUAAGAAGAGGUAUUCGUCAAGACGUGAAAACAAGGUGGAAUUCAACUUAUCUUAUGCUAGAUAGUUGUCUUGUUUAUAAAAGUGUUUUUGCUCAUUUGAAGGAGGUGGAUCCAGACUAUAAAGACUGUCCAACUGAUGAAGAAUGGGAGCAAAUUGAAGUAGUCACGAAGUUUCUCAAGACGUUUUAUGAUCUCACUACUUUAUUUUCCGGUAGUAAGUAUCCUACUUCCAAUCUUUAUUUUGAAGGAGUUUGUCAAGUCCAAGUGUUACUAAAAAAAGAAAGCACAAAUGAAAUUGAAUAUAUUAGGGACAUGGUAAAGGAGAUGCAAAUUAAAUUUAACAGUUAUUGGGAGAACUUGAGUCCUAUUUUGGCUAUGGCACUUGUGUUAGAUCCUAGAUUGAAACUGAAGUAUCUAAACUUUGCUUACUCCAAGUUGUAUACUGAUGUAAGACAAUUAGAAAGAAAAGUUGAUGAUGUGCGUGAAGAUAUGAAAAAACUUUACAAUGAGUAUUACACAUUGUCAAAUUCAAGAGCUUAUGUCACUGGAACUCAGAAUAUGCUGUUUCAAAAUGGUGGGAAUUCUACCCUCACGGGAAGUGAAUGGCUCCAGGAAUAUGCUGCAACACAGGAAAGUGGUGGUGAUAUGCAAUCUGACUUGUCAGAGUUGGAUCUCUAUCUUUCUGAGAAAUAUGGAUGUUCUUUAGAUAAACCAUUUGAUAUCCUAAUGUAUUGGAAGGCCCAUGAACAUCGAUUUCCAGUACUUUCAAGAAUGGCGGGGGAUAUUUUGUCAAUUCAUAUUUCAACCGUCGCUUCAGAAUCUGCAUUUAGCAUUGGUGGAAGGGUAAUUGAUAGAUUCCGCAGUUCCUUAUUACCUGAAAAUGCCGAGGCGGUGAUAACUACUCGUGAUUGGAUUUAUGGAAUCGGAAAAGAAGAUUUGGAUGAGGACAAUGGAAUCAGUGGAGAAGAUGUGUUAGGAUUUGAACUUGGUGUCGUGGAGGACGGGGCAGUGGAGGAUGGGGAUAUUCUUAUUGAAUAG